GUUCCAAAUACAAAACUCCGUUCCGUUUUCAAAUUUCUGAAUCGCGCGACGUUCGGACGUACCAAGUGCCAGUGGUGUGAACUGUGACAAUAAAAAAAAGUGUUUAUAUAUUUUUUUAAAGAGUGAUGGAUUCGGAGAUAAGCAAAAUGCAAACGAAGAUACCGCCCAAAAACUUUUCUAUAGAAUCGAUAGUAGGUUUGAAUGACAGGAGAUCACCCGAAAUCGAUAUAGAGAAUACUAUAUCUCAAGAUUUUUCUAAUAAUGAACAUUCGGAAGACGAGGAAGUGAAAGUUAGAGAUGGGAAGAUGGGAUAUUAUUUCCAGCAGAACAGGGUGCCUAAUUUUCCGUUCUUCAUGUCCUACGAUAAGAGGGUUAUGAAUGGAUACCAAGGGGAUCAGCAAGGACAGGAAGAGAUGAAGAGAGCGAGCCCUGGAAGUGUCAGGAGUGAGGUGGACAGCGAUGGUGUUGACGAUAGGCCGCACGGUAAGAUAUGAUGUUAAUUUAAAAUUAUGUCUUUUUUUAAGCAAGCUUUGUUAGAUUAUCUCUGUCCAGUGAUCGAGACAAAUUGUGUUUAAACUCGAUGGGUUUGUCUCAUUUCAUUAUAUAAACUCUUUAGGUACUGCUGCUGGUGGGAUGUAUGUUUGAAUACCGUCGACAUGGACUCAUGUUCUAAGAAAGAAAAAUAUUUUUUUAUAAAGCAUUGCAUUUUUAAUAAUCAAUUAGCCAUGCCAUGCUCCCCUUCUCCAAUUACGAGCGCCCUAAGCGAUUGCAUAAUUUGCCUAUAUGGACUGGCCGACCUUGGUCGCAAGGCUACCUUCCAUUUUUUCCAAUUUC